CCCCGUGCUAGGAGCUUCGCAAUGGCGGCCAGCAACCUUCCCCGACGGAUCGUGAAAGAGACUCAGAGGCUGCUCGCCGAACCAGUACCCGGCAUCAGCGCAACUCCCUACGAGGACAACCUACGGUACUUCAACGUCGUCAUCACCGGCCCGGAGCAAUCGCCGUACGAACAUGGAUCGUUCAAGCUGGAGCUCUUCCUGCCGUCCGACUACCCGAUGGCACCCCCGAAGGUGCGCUUCCUGACGAAAAUCUACCACCCGAACAUCGACAAGCUGGGCCGUAUCUGCCUCGACAUCCUCAAGGACAAGUGGUCGCCCGCGCUCCAGAUCAGGACCGUGCUUCUCAGCAUCCAGGCGCUCCUCUCGGCUCCCAACCCCGACGACCCGCUCGCGAACGACGUCGCGGAAAUGUGGAAAACCAACGAGGCGCAGGCGCUGCAGACAGGUGGACGAGGAAGUCUUCACGGAGAACGUUCUGGAGACCCUGGGGGGACCGGUUGCGGUCAGUGCGGUGAACAUCGCACACAACGGGAGGCGGGGAACUAA